AUGAAGGUUGUUUAGAAUAAAUAGAUGAUAAAUGUCUACUUUGUUAAGAAGGUUGGAUAUAAAAUGAAAUUCUAGAAAAUUGUCAUCCAAUUUGUGGAGAUGGAAUAAUUCAAGGUUAAGAAUAAUGUGAUACUCUAGUAUCAAAUCAUUCUUGUUAUCAGUGCAAAUAUUCUUGUAUUGAAUAUUGUUAAAUUUGUUCAUUUGGAAUUUUUUUAUAAUGUAUAGACGGAUUUAUAAUUAAUGCCAAUUUUAGUUGUGAUCCUCUGUGUGGAGAUGGCAAUUUGACCCCAUAUUCAGUUGAAUUAUGUGAACUGACUGUUAAUGGUGUAUGGGAUGGUUGUCUUGAUUGCAAAUUUAUUUCAAUAGCUAAUUGUAAGAUAAACUAUAUUUCAAUUUGCUUAGAGUGUGAAGUAGGAUAUUAAUUGUUAGAAAAUUCAUGUUAUCCUUAUUGUGGAGACAAAUUAGUUCUGUAAUAAUACGAGGAUUGUGAUGAUGGAAAUCUUCAACCUUAUGAUGGUUGUUAUUAAUGUAAGUUUUAAUGCAUUGAAGAUUGCAACAUAUGUGAUCGAGGGUAGUGCAUUUUAAAAUGUGGAGAUGGUUAUGAGUUUGUUAAUAACAACUGUCACUCUAUUUGUGGUGAUUAAAUUAUUACAAAAGAAGAAGAUUGUGAUGAUGGCAAUCCAAUAAAAUUUGAUGGUUGUUUUUAGUGUAAGUAUUCUUGUCCAGAAAAUUGUUUCGAUUGUUAUCAAGGUACUUGUUUAGAGUGCAAUGAUUAAUACUAAUUACUAAUUUCAAAUUAAUGCAAAUAAUAAUUAAAUUGCGGAGAUGGAUUGAUUUAGGAAGAAGAGGAGUGUGAUGAUGGUAAUAGUUAUGCAGCCGAUGGAUGCAAGGAUUGUUUUAUUGAAUAAAAUUGGGUUUGCAUCACAAUUACAACAGAUUCUCCUAGCUAAUGUACAUUUGUCAAAGCUCCAAUCUUAGUUGUUAAUUAUCUUAAUAUGACUUAAAAUAAAUAAUAUAUAGGCAUCUAAUUUAAUUAAUAAGUAAAAAUAUAUACGCCUUAACCAUUGUCAGAAACCUUAAAUUUUGAAUUAUCAGAUAUAGAAAAAAAGUACUGGAAUAGCAGCUUAUACAUCAUUUAGGAUGUUGGAUCAUAUUUGAGCUUUGGAGAAUAUGUUGUAGAAAUAGAAGUGUACAAAUUACUAAAAUUUAGACCACAAUUGAAAAUUUUAGUAAAUCAAUAAGUUGUUAAUAUAGAUAAUGCUAUUUUGGAGGAUUUUGAAAAAUAAAUAACAUUGCAAUUUCCAAAUUAUCUGGAUGAAACACAGAAGGAUUACUCUUAAAGUUUGAAAAGUCUUAAUAAAUACCUGAUUUAUAGUCUGUCAGGAAUUACCAUUAUCAGUUUUUUAUUAGGGAGUGGGGAUUUAUUUGUUGAGAUAUUGGCAAUCCUUUAAUNAUUCUAGAAAAUUGUCAUCCAAUUUGUGGAGAUGGAAUAAUUCAAGGUUAAGAAUAAUGUGAUACUCUAGUAUCAAAUCAUUCUUGUUAUCAGUGCAAAUAUUCUUGUAUUGAAUAUUGUUAAAUUUGUUCAUUUGGAAUUUUUUUAUAAUGUAUAGACGGAUUUAUAAUUAAUGCCAAUUUUAGUUGUGAUCCUCUGUGUGGAGAUGGCAAUUUGACCCCAUAUUCAGUUGAAUUAUGUGAACUGACUGUUAAUGGUGUAUGGGAUGGUUGUCUUGAUUGCAAAUUUAUUUCAAUAGCUAAUUGUAAGAUAAACUAUAUUUCAAUUUGCUUAGAGUGUGAAGUAGGAUAUUAAUUGUUAGAAAAUUCAUGUUAUCCUUAUUGUGGAGACAAAUUAGUUCUGUAAUAAUACGAGGAUUGUGAUGAUGGAAAUCUUCAACCUUAUGAUGGUUGUUAUUAAUGUAAGUUUUAAUGCAUUGAAGAUUGCAACAUAUGUGAUCGAGGGUAGUGCAUUUUAAAAUGUGGAGAUGGUUAUGAGUUUGUUAAUAACAACUGUCACUCUAUUUGUGGUGAUUAAAUUAUUACAAAAGAAGAAGAUUGUGAUGAUGGCAAUCCAAUAAAAUUUGAUGGUUGUUUUUAGUGUAAGUAUUCUUGUCCAGAAAAUUGUUUCGAUUGUUAUCAAGGUACUUGUUUAGAGUGCAAUGAUUAAUACUAAUUACUAAUUUCAAAUUAAUGCAAAUAAUAAUUAAAUUGCGGAGAUGGAUUGAUUUAGGAAGAAGAGGAGUGUGAUGAUGGUAAUAGUUAUGCAGCCGAUGGAUGCAAGGAUUGUUUUAUUGAAUAAAAUUGGGUUUGCAUCACAAUUACAACAGAUUCUCCUAGCUAAUGUACAUUUGUCAAAGCUCCAAUCUUAGUUGUUAAUUAUCUUAAUAUGACUUAAAAUAAAUAAUAUAUAGGCAUCUAAUUUAAUUAAUAAGUAAAAAUAUAUACGCCUUAACCAUUGUCAGAAACCUUAAAUUUUGAAUUAUCAGAUAUAGAAAAAAAGUACUGGAAUAGCAGCUUAUACAUCAUUUAGGAUGUUGGAUCAUAUUUGAGCUUUGGAGAAUAUGUUGUAGAAAUAGAAGUGUACAAAUUACUAAAAUUUAGACCACAAUUGAAAAUUUUAGUAAAUCAAUAAGUUGUUAAUAUAGAUAAUGCUAUUUUGGAGGAUUUUGAAAAAUAAAUAACAUUGCAAUUUCCAAAUUAUCUGGAUGAAACACAGAAGGAUUACUCUUAAAGUUUGAAAAGUCUUAAUAAAUACCUGAUUUAUAGUCUGUCAGGAAUUACCAUUAUCAGUUUUUUAUUAGGGAGUGGGGAUUUAUUUGUUGAGAUAUUGGCAAUCCUUUAAUUUUAGUAAUACUUAAGAUAUAUCAAUUUAUAAUUUCCUGAAAAUCUAGUUAUUUAUUUUUCUAUUUAUGAUAACUGUUCAACCUCUAUUGGAUUUUUUGUAAUUUCCACAAUUAUCACAGUUUAUUGA